AUGGUCAAGACUUCCGUCCUCAACGAUGCCCUCAACGCCAUGAACAACGCCGAGAAGGCCGGCAAGCGUCAGGUCCUGAUCCGGCCUUCGUCCAAGGUCAUCGUCAAGUUCCUCACUGUCAUGCAGAAGCACGGCUACAUUGGCGAGUUCGAGGAGGUCGAUGACCACCGCUCCGGCAAGAUCGUCAUCCAGCUGAACGGCCGUCUCAACAAGUGUGGUGUCAUCAACCCCCGCUACCCCGUCCAGCUCCGUGACCUCGAGAAGUGGGCUACCCAGCUCCUCCCCUCGCGUCAGUUCGGCUACGUCGUCCUGACCACCUCCGCUGGUAUCAUGGACCACGAGGAGGCUCGCCGCAAGCACGUUGCUGGCAAGCUCCUCGGCUUCUUCUACUAG